GACUAUCACGCAUGCGUGUUCGCGCUCUCAGGGCGACGACGGCCGUAGCUCUUGGGGCUCGGGGAGGAAGGCGCCGUCGCCAUUUUGUCCAGUGUUCGUCGCUGCGGCUCGGGAGGGGGGAGACGGCAACUUGGAGGCGUCUCCUGGCGGGGUGGCCCUUUAGUUGUCCGGAGAUGCGGCAUUCAAAACGAGCUCACUGUCCGGAUUGGGAUGGUAGAGAAAGUUGGGAACAUGAAAGCUAUGGUUGCAGCUAUAAGCGCAAGAAGAGAUUCCACAGUAGUACCCAAGAGAACAGGCACUACAAACCCCAUCUACAGUUUAAAGAAUCAGAAUGCCAUUAUAUGGAAGCCAGAGCCAUAAAUGAGAGAGAUUAUUAUGAGCGAAGAUAUGUUGAUGAAUACAGAAAUGACUUCUGUGAAGGAUAUGAGCCUAGACAUUAUCCCAGAGACUAUGAAAGCAGUUAUUAUGACUGCAGUAAAUCUUCAGGCCGAAGCAGGAGAAGUAGUCAAAGACGGAGACGUAUGAGGCAUUGUUCAAGCCAUCAGUCGCAUUCGAGGAGUCACCGAAGGAAAAGAUCCAGGAGUAUAGAGGAUGAUGAGGAGGGUCACCUGAUCUGUCAAAGUGGAGACGUGCUAAGAGCAAGAUAUGAAAUUGUGGCUACUUUGGGUGAAGGGGCUUUUGGCAAAGUGGUAGAGUGCAUCGACCAUGAUAUGGGGGGCAUGCAUGUAGCUGUGAAAAUUGUAAAAAAUGUGGGUAGAUACCGUGAAGCUGCUCGUUCAGAAAUUCAAGUAUUGGAACACUUAAACACUACUGAUCCAAAUAGCAUAUUCCGCUGUGUCCAAAUGCUGGAGUGGUUUGAUCAUCACGGUCACGUGUGCAUCGUGUUUGAAUUACUGGGUCUCAGUACUUAUGAUUUUAUUAAAGAAAAUAGUUUUUUACCAUUUCACCUCGAUCAUAUCCGGCAGAUGGCUUAUCAGAUUUGCCAGUCAAUAAAUUUUUUGCAUCACAACAGAUUGACCCAUACAGAUCUGAAGCCAGAAAAUAUUUUGUUUGUGAAGUCUGACUAUGUUGUGAAAUACAACUCCAAAAUGAAACGGGAUGAACGCACACUAAAAAACACAGACAUUAAAGUUGUGGACUUUGGAAGUGCAACGUAUGAUGAUGAACAUCACAGUACUUUGGUUUCUACUCGACACUACAGAGCUCCAGAGGUCAUUUUAGCCCUAGGAUGGUCUCAACCCUGUGAUGUGUGGAGCAUAGGCUGCAUUCUUAUUGAAUAUUAUCUCGGCUUCACAGUAUUUCAGACCCACGAUAGUAAAGAACACCUCGCAAUGAUGGAGCGAAUCUUGGGACCUAUACCAACUCACAUGAUACAGAAAACGAGAAAACGCAAAUAUUUUCACCACAACCAAUUGGAUUGGGAUGAACAUAGUUCUGCCGGUCGGUAUGUUAGGAGACGAUGCAAACCAUUAAAGGUAAUUAAACAGAAAAAACCCAGUGUCAGUUUAAUUUUAGAGCUUCAGUUAUCUUUAGAUUUUUCUUUUCCAUUACAGGAAUUCAUGCUUUGUCACGACGCAGAACAUGAAAAUUUGUUUGACCUGGUUCGAAGAAUGUUAGAGUACGAUCCGAACAAAAGAAUCACCUUGGAUGAAGCACUGCAGCAUCCUUUUUUUGACUUACUAAAAAAGAAAUAAAAUGUACAUGUAAUGGUCUUACUAUAUAUACUUCUUCGAGGGAGAGAGUACAUAAGACUGUGUCAGUCAACAAAAGCCUCAUAUUUUUUUAAGCGUUAAAUUAUUUUGUACAGUUAAACUUGUAAAUAGUACUAUAUGUUUUGUAUCAAUGCCAUAUUUAUCUUGGUAAGCAAGUAUGGUCUUGACAGUGAUUAUUAAAAUGUAAAAUUAAAAAUGAAUUUUCAGUUUUGGAAAA